UCUAUUCAGACACCAAAUUGUUGUAAAUUUCUAGUUUCCAACCUUUCAAGAAGAAAAAAAUAGAAAGAAAGACAAUGCUCAGUGGCAAGAAACUCAUCAAGACGGCCAGGAGAUGGCAGAAAUUUGCAGCCAAGCAGAGGAAGAGGAUUUCAUUUCCAAGAAAUGGCAGUAAUGCAGGUGCUUGCAGUACAUCCUCAUCCUCUAUAGUUGAAAAAGGCCAUUUUGUAGUCUAUACAAUUGAUCAAUGGCGCUAUGCAUUUCCCUUGACUUACCUUGAAAAUGAGGUCGUAAGGCAACUUUUAAGCAUAUCCGAAGAAGAGUUUGGGCUGCCAAGUGGUGGUCCUAUUACAUUACCCUGUGAUUCAGCUUUCAUGGACUACAUCAUUUCGCUAAUCAAGAAAGGUGUAGCUGCUGGAGAUCUUCACAAAGCAUUGCUCCUCUCAAUUCCUUCAUGUUGCUUUUCAACUUCUUGGCACCAAGAAUGUAAAAAUCAACAGAUUCUUGUUUAUUGAGUCAUGACGUCAUGUUCUAUAAAUGUUAGCUCAAAAUAAAUUGUAUAGCAGGUGAAAAAUAGGCAACUAAAAGCUUGUAUUAUUACAGAUUGUAAUAUAGAUUUUGAAGUUAAUCAGACCUAUA